AUGGGUACUUAAAUAUAAUAUUACAAUACUUAAUGGAGUACAAUUUAGAAUAUGUUUUCUACUGGUCCUAUCGUUGCCAAAAAAAAAAAAAAAAUGUUUUUAACUUAUUUUAAAUAUAAAAAGGAUGGAUUUUUUGAUUAAUCUACGACACUUGAUUUAUAUAGAAGUGUCUAAAGAUAAUUUCAAUAGUUAGCAUGUCCUUUAGAAAGUGUAGGAAAUACAGAGGAAAAUCGUGAUAUUUAUUUAACAUGUUUAACUUUAUUAGAUAAAAAUAACGACUUAAAUAACUAAUAAGGAGUUUUUAUAAAUAGUUUACAUCACGCUAGAGAAGUUAUGUCACUUACAAUGCAACUUUAUACAUAUGCAUAUUUAAUUUAUUAAUAUUUUUAGGGGGAUUAACAAACAAUUGAUUUUUUAAAAAAUAAUGUUAUUUGGUUUAUUCCAGUUGUUAAUGUUGACGGAUAUGAAAUGUUAAUAAAAAUCGAAAAAUAGUGUGAACAUAAUGUAUUGUAAGGAGUAGAUCUAAAUAGAAACUACGGGACAGCAUUUGGAAUUGAUGAUAUAGGAAGCUCUCCGGAUCCUUGCAAUAUUAUAGCUUUUACUCCUGAAAUUGGAUAUAUGUAAAAUGGUUUUUAUCCUUCUCAAAAUAAAAUUAUUAAAAGCCUAGAAAUUAAUUUACCUCCUAUAAUGUAUAUGAUAUAUAAAAUGAACCAUGAUCCAAU